GUGACCUAGCCGCCCAGUGCCGAAGCAUGCAGCCUGCGGAGGUGCGGGAGCUCGUGCAGUGCAUGAGCCAGGGGGCCGAGGGCAGUCAGCCGAUGGAUGGCCUGGGCGGCCUCGCGGCCCUCAGCGCGGCAGCCAGGCAGCAGGAGUGGAAUACGGACGACAAGAGCUGGCGGACGGCAGCCGACAGCUGGGACUCCAACGACUCGUGGUGGCAGACGAAUG